GCUCGUGCAUGUGUCACUUCGCUCUGUUAGUCCUGGCUCCGCCCUUGGGGUGGGGUUUGCGAAGGCGCGCGCAACUGUAGCAAGCGAGCCUGAGGAGAGAGCGCGUCGUAGCGAGUGCGCGAGUCUGAGGGACGGUUCGAAGAGUUUGGUUCCGCAGUCGCUCUGCACAGCCGAGGCCGCCAGAGUGGCUGACCUUCCAUAAGGAUGGCCAAGCAACCGCCUGCCCAAUUUACUAAUCCAGAAACUCCUGGCUAUGUUGGAUUUGCAAACCUUCCCAACCAGGUUCAUCGGAAGUCUGUGAAAAAGGGCUUUGAGUUCACUCUCAUGGUGGUUGGUGAAUCUGGAUUGGGAAAAUCUACACUAAUAAACAGCCUGUUCUUGACAGAUCUCUACCCAGAAAGGAUAAUCCCAGGAGCAGCCGAAAAAAUUGAAAGAACUGUGCAGAUCGAAGCUUCAACAGUUGAAAUCGAGGAAAGAGGUGUUAAACUCCGUUUGACAGUUGUAGAUACACCAGGAUAUGGUGAUGCCAUCAAUUGUCGGGACUGUUUUAAGACCAUCAUUUCUUAUAUUGAUGAGCAAUUUGAGCGGUAUCUGCAUGAUGAAAGUGGCUUGAACAGGCGGCAUAUUGUAGAUAACCGCGUACACUGUUGCUUCUACUUCAUUUCCCCAUUUGGUCAUGGUCUUAAACCCUUGGAUGUUGAGUUUAUGAAGGCCAUACACAACAAAGUGAAUAUUGUACCUGUAAUUGCAAAAGCUGAUACACUUACUCUGAAGGAACGGGAAAGGCUGAAGAAAAGGAUUCUAGAUGAAAUUGAACAACAUAGUAUCAAGAUUUAUCACCUUCCUGACGCAGAAUCGGAUGAGGAUGAAGAUUUUAAAGAACAGACCAGGCUCCUGAAGGUCAGUAUCCCAUUUUGUGUAGUGGGAUCCAAUCAGUUGAUUGAAGCCAAAGGUAAAAAAGUUAGAGGUCGUUUCUACCCAUGGGGUGUAGUUGAAGUGGAGAACCCAGAACACAACGACUUCCUGAAGCUGAGAACCAUGCUAAUUACCCAUAUGCAGGAUCUUCAAGAGGUGACCCAGGACCUUCACUAUGAGAACUUCCGCUCUGAGAGGCUUAAAAGAGGCGGCAGGUUGAAAAUUGAAGAUGAGGAAGUGAAUAAAGAUCAGAUUUUGCAGGAAAAAGAAGCUGAACUUCGUCGCAUGCAAGAGAUGAUUGCAAGAAUGCAGGCUCAGAUGCAAAUGCAGAUGCAAGGUGGUGAGGGAGACAGCAGUGCAGUUCAUGGACACCAUGUAUAAAUUCUUUGAUAACGUCAUAUGCAGAUUAAGAUGAAACAUUCCAGUGUUGGGAUGCAAUAGUGUCUCUUACUGGGAAGGAUGUCUUUUACCUCGCCUGUAACUUGGAAGUCAUGUUAAUGUGUUACGUGCAAAUGCAUGGUAAUUUUUGUAAUAUGUACUUUGUAACAGAUUGUAUUCAGUCAAUAUUUUAUAUCUUUAUAUAGAGAAUGUGAUCAGUUUUAGUUUAGUAACUUAGUAUUAUUUUAUUGAGCUCAUUUUCUGUAACCCAGUAUAUUAAGAAUGCAAAAUGGAUGAUACUGAGCCUUUCCUAAGCUGACUUAGCAGUAGUCAGUCUAUUUGCUUAGCUCACUACCACCAUUAGUCAUACUACUUGUUACACCUAGGAAUACGUGAGUGUUGCUAUAGAUUGUCCAGUGGUGUGAUGUUUGACUAAUUAGGGAGUCCAAUGCCAAGUUAAGUUAUUCUGUUUCCUAUUUCUUGCAUUGUUUAACUGUGUGCCUGAGAGACUCUUGGCCAUUCCUCGAUUCUUGUCCAGUGCUGAAUAGCCAUUGCCUUGGCAUCACAAGUGUCUAAUUACAAAAGAGGUAUGCUUUAUCUUAACUAGGAAAGAGGAGAUAAGAGAAUUCCUUGUUAAAGGGGGCACUUGCUGAAUGACUAAUCUUGUCUACUUCCCCCUCCAAAACCAACAGUCAGAUUUAAUAACAUGAUGUGCUACUGCAAAAUUAGUUACCAGUGCUGUUUACAACCCACCAGUGCCAAAGAGAUAAUACAAAUGGCACCAUCACAAAAUGCUGAGAUCUUUCUGGUCUCCUGCACAGCAGUGGCCUUGUUCAUCCUCGUCUAGAUUUAUAUCAGAGAUGAGGAAUACCAUAACUUAAUCCUGCAGUUAAAUUCCACAAAUUGUAGCUUUAAUGGUCACUAAAUUACUAAUUUUAAGGAGUCCUGCUACUGAGCAGAUCAGAUUUUGACCUACCUUAAAAUUACUACAGUUUAUAAAUUGCUUUAUAUUCUGAGUAUCUUUUUAAUAUCCAAAGUCAAACCCACCACAAUAGCCUCUGUGUUGAACUCCUGUGCUGCCUCUAAAGCAGCUAUCAUUUCGUAGAGCUGCUCGUCUUCCUACUCAUCUCUUCUGAUCUUUGUCCACAAUGUAGGAAGCAAAAGCAGCAGCCUUACUUACGUCUGCUUUGUCAGAAACACAGGUGUAGUGAGUCCUUUCUUGCUAAAUGGAUGAAUACAAAAUUAGUAGGGAAGGAAAUGUAAAUGUAUAAAUUUUGCCUUUUCCAUAGAGAAGAGAUGGUAAGGCAUUUCAGUAUUGCCAGAGAAAAAUGUCAAGCCAUGUUACUUAAAUCUUUCAAUAUAUUGAGCGAGACUGGUUUACUGAAGAAGUGACCAUAAAUGGACCAGAAAUAAUAUUAUAAGCUUCAGUUAAGGCAUUAGAAUGAAUGCUUUAAAAUACCUUACUAUCCUUUUUUUUUCCAGCCCCAGUGUUUUUUGUUUGUAUAGUGCAGCUAAGCACCUCUGUGCACUUUUAGGGUUCUCAAAUGGUCUCAGUUACAAUAGCAUUCUUGGACAUUGGACAUAGCACAUUUUGAAGUGCUGCUAGGAAAAACAGUUGCAUAACAUUUCAGUGAAUUUCAUCUGAGGUCAGUACUGUGAUCUAAACUGCAAUAGUAUUUAUAACCAGUAUUAGGAAAAAACUGUGAAAGCUGAUAUAUAUAUAUAUUGCAAGUGACAAGUACAUACUUAACCCUGGUACUUAACCUUUGUUGGGGGACUGCUCCCUUCCUGUAGUCCUUACUUAAGCCAACUUCUGUUUGGAAUAAAAAGAUACUAUGCAGUUAGUGCAGAUAGCGUAGGUUGAGCUCUACCUGUGGAAUUGUCAUGAGUAAAGCUACAAUUUAGUCAUGGAGGUUAUGGUAGUCACGGAUUCCGUGACUUAACCGGACCUCUGUUACUUCAUCCACUUCAGCUGUCAGCAGCUGAAGCCAGAGCUGGAGGCAGGACGGUGCCCCUGCCCUGCAACUGGGGCUGGAUGGCUGGAACCAGUACCCUGCAGCCCCUGUCCUGCGGCUUGGAGUGGGGGCUGGAGCCAGGCUGUGAGCCUCUGUCCAGAAUCUGAAGCAAGCACUGGAGCAGGAGCUGUGCACUCCCCAUGGCUGCGCCCCCUGCUGCAUCCCAGCCCUGCGGCUGCAGUGGGGAUCAUGCUGCAGAGGGAGCUGUGCGCCCCCCUCGCAGUGUCCCAGGGCUGUGCACCAUUCCCCUCCCCCCACUGCAGCUGUGGGUUGGCAGGGGUUGCAGCUGCACAUCCCUGUCCCAUAGCUGUGGCCAACUCCAGAAUGGGGGCUGCGUGCCCCCCAUGACUGCACCCCUUAUUGCACCCCAGCCUCAUGGCUUCUGCUGGGGCUGCAGUAGGGACCAUACUGCAGCUGGGGCUAUGCGCCCCUGCCCAGCAACUGCAGUGGGGGCCAUGUGCCCACCUCGCGGCUUCCCAGGGCUACAGCUGGGGCUUGGCAGGGGCUGCAGCUGGUGCCGUGCACCUCCGUCCUGCAGCUGUGGCCAGCUUUGGAGUUGGGGCUGCGUGCGCCCUGUGGCUAUGCCCCUGUUGCAGCCACUGGAACCAGAGCUGUUUCCCCUGCAAUGGCAGGGGGCUCGGCCUGUUGGUCUCCCCCUCCGCCAACUCCAUUCCUUCCCCCAACUUAACCCUGACCCCAGUUAUUUUCAGUGAAGUCACAGGCAGGUCAUGGGCGCCGUGAAUUUUUGUUUAUUGCCUGUGACUUGUCUGUGAUUCUGUUAUGGUUAUUUUUAGCAAAAAUCUUAGCCUUACUUAUGAGAGAUCUUGGGUUUUGGGGGUAAUAUGUAUUCAUUGAACAGCUAGCUUUUUUCAAUAGAGCAUUAUGGUUAGUUAUUGAGUAAGUUGUUUUAAAUUAUUGAUUCUAAUGAGGAAAUGUUCUAUUGGGGGGGGGAAGAAGUGUAAAUUCUUGGGAUUUGCUAUCUUAAUUAAUUGAAUUUUAUAUGGUUGCUAAUUGCUUCCACACAUACACUCCUUGUGAGGGAGAAGUCCUGUGUGCCUGACAACUCUGAGGAUCUCUGCUCUUCUCCACUUGGUUUUUGAUGCUCCUGAUUGCAACUGACGUUCAUUUAUACAACAACUUGAUGGGAAACCUCAAAAAAAAAAAACCCAUUCUUUCUCAAACCUCUUCUUCUUUUUUUUUUUUGCCUGAAGCUAAUCCAGACUGGAGGAAGAGAGACUUGGAGUCCGAGGUAGAUGUCAUACUCUAGACUCAAGCAUUAUCACUGGCCCACUGAGCUGGCCACAAUGGUUUUAUUUUCUUUAUUAGAAGUAAUUUUACAAUUAUUUUAGGAGUCAGAGUACUAAUACACUUGCAGUGCUUUAUAUUUGGCUACUAAAGGGGCUAUUUCUUUGUAUACAAACAUCUUAAAUUGCUGUAUUCAGAUUCUGUAUUGUCAUUAGGCAAGACUAUAUUAAUAAAAAUAUCAAAAUAUA